CUUCUCUUCACCUCAAUCGAUGGCUCGUCUCCUCACAUUUCACAACCUCAUCUUUGUUCACCAUGAUGACGAAGACCUCCCUCCGAUUGCUUCCCCUGCUGCUCUUGACGGUAUUAUCCCUCUGCCAAGCCUUUCUUCCCCUACUGCAAUAUCCAAACAGAAUCUCCACUACUACUACUACUAUUAGUAGACGCUUUUCGUUCGAAGACGACUGGUUGGAAGACGACGACGAGGAUCACGACAUUUACUGGUUGGAAGACUUUGCCGCCGAAAAUGAAGAUCAAUCAUUAGGGGAAGCCAUUGGAGCAGGAGAAGCCGUUGUUUGUAUUCCAGAUGUCGCUUCUCGAGAAGAAACGUUGGAUCUUUUUCAAGCUGGGUUGAAUGCCGUGGCACGACGCGACGAACCGGCCGCACGAGGACGUAGUCGGUUCAGUGUCUCCGACCCAGAAGCCUUUUCGUCGGACGUUGUAUUGCUCUGCGAUGAAAUACUGUGUCGCGUACUCGAUCAUCUCGAUGACACGAUUCCAUCCAUCUUUGAAACACUCUUUGUUCCAGACGAUAUCGCCAACGAUUGGGCUGACCAACAACCCCUCAAUGCCCAAGGAGAACAACCCACCGUGCCACCACCCGAUCAUAUACGAGACAUGUGCGAUUCUUUGCGAGAUUUAUACCUCAUGGGAGAAUUGGAAUGGUCCGAAGGAGAACCCGCCAUUAAUGUAUACGAAGGAGGCGGAUAUUUUGGAGCGCACAAGGAUCAUUUGGCAUUGACCGUGCUGAUACCACUCACCACACCCGACAGUGACUUUGAAGGAGGCGGCACUGGAUUCUGGAAGGGGAAUCGAGAAGUCGAUGAAAAUCCAGCCACACAACCCGAUUUGAUUCUCAAACCACCGGCUGGAUCCGCAUUGAUUUUUGGAGGAGAUGUCACUCAUGCCGGCAUGCCCGUCGCGGCAGGAUACCGAUCCGUCUUUGUGUGCUCUUUUAGUACCAAAACACCCGUCUCGCAACCAGAUCGAUUGCAUGGCAUGCAGGCACCGCCCAAAGUCAGUCCCAACUUUAAAGGGACCAUAUAGCAAUAAGAAUGCAAACAAGGCAUGACAAAGAAGGAAUGAAUCAAAAGAAACGAACAAUCAAAGAGAUGAGCCGUCUGGGAGCUUUCUCGUGAGCUGUGGCCGAGUUGGAGGAAGUACAUGUAGCUACAAAAAAGAGUUGAGAAUCACAUCAUUGUCACUCAUGCAACAAUCUACAAACUUCAAAUGAAAGAAUUGCAUUAUCCUGUCCCCGCUCGCAACAACCACCGUACUAUGUGCCGGUACUUUUUUAAAUCGACUACUGUACGAGUACUAGCAAUAAACAAGGCAGCUAACUGGAUGUUGCACUGCAUUAUAGUAUACCAUACCCCACAUUGGUCCCAAUAAUAUCUGUGAAAGCCCCGCUUCCUUUUGAACAAUGAAUGUAUUUCCCCCGCAAUGCAUCAUCAUGCUAGCCACACUCCUGC